AUGCCUACUCCCAAGAAGAAUGUUACCCCCAAUUCUUUGGAACGGUACUUCAAAACCACAUCUGGCAGUCAAGGUCCCAGUCAGGUUUCAAGGACGUCUAGUCAACCAGCUGGUAGGAACAGCCCAGAAUCUUCCAAAGAUGACGUCAAGACUGCACCAACAGAAAUUAUUGACAUAGAGCUGGUAGCCGGUCCCAGUUGGUUGUUACCAAGCAGCUCUUCUUCUAGACUUGGCAGUGCCACUUGUCCCAUUGAGAUAGCAGAAGAUUUGGAACCCUCCCACCCUUCCUCAACUUCCCAGCUUACCUCCGGUCCUACUGCUGCCUUAGAUGAAAUUGAUCAGGUUAAUUUGAGUAAGCAUGUAUAUUGCCCCUCUUGCGGAGAUCGGGUCAUUGAGUUCUAUAUUAAUGAGCACCUAGACCUUUGUAUCGCUGCACAAUAG